AUGAGUUGCCCUGUCACCUGCGCGGCUUGGGUUGCAAGGGGCGUUGCCAAGGAAACGCCUGACAAGGUCCAACUUGACAAGGAAGAAUUGAAGCGUUUGAUCUCUGAGGCCAAAGAAAGAUUGCAAGAAACAACAGAUGGUAGUGAUGAUGACUGCCAUGAAGAGGCUGCUGGUGACGCCAUGGAUGUUGUGGAGGCAUCUGCGCCUGAAGAUGGGAAUCCUGACGAAGCUGAAAAGCUUGAUGAUAAUGAAUUGGCAGAAUAUGAUCUGGAUAAAUAUGAUGAGGAAGAUGCAGGUACUGAGAGUCUUGGAGAGGCCUUAGCUGGUCUUGCAGUGUAUGGAAGCAAUGAAAAUGAUCCUUACAUUACUAUUAAAAAUACGGAUCAAUAUGAGCAUGAAGACUUUGGGAUUAAAUCUAGUGACAAUCUUGUUGUUUGUGGCAGAGUUGAUAAAGACCAUUGUAGUCUGGAAGUUCAUGUUUAUAAUCAUGACGAGGAGUCCUUUUAUGUUCACCAUGAUCUCAUCUUAUCGGCAUAUCCUUUAAGUACAGAGUGGCUGAAUUUUGAUCCUAACCCUGAUGAUUCUACAGGAAAUUAUGUAGCUGUGGGUACAAUGAGCCCCGUUAUUGAAGUCUGGGACCUUGACAUAGUAGACUGCUUAGAGCCAGUCUUUUCCCUUGGAAGCAAGAAAACGAAAAAGAAGAAAAAGAAAGGCAAGAAGAGUUUAUCGAAACAAGAUAAUCGUGAAGGGCAUACUGAUGCAGUUCUCGACCUUUCAUGGAAUAAACAACUCCGAUCCGUGUUAGCGAGUGCAUCAGCUGAUCACUCGGUCAUUCUUUGGGACAUGGCCACAGGCACCCCAGCAGCAGAACUGUCUUUUCACACAGACAAGGUGCAGACGCUGCAGUUUCAUCCCUUUGAAACACAGACGCUGGUUUCUGGUUCCUAUGACAAAUCAGCCAUUUUAUAUGACUGCAGAAGUCCUCAGGAUAGUCGUAGAAUCUGGCGGUUUAGUGGAGAAGUUGCAAGAGUGACUUGGAAUCAUUUCUCACCUUACCACUUCCUAGCCAGCACAGAAGAUGGAUUUGUGUACUCCAUAGAUGCUCGUUCAGAUAAACCAGUCUUCACAUUGAAAGCUCACGAUGAGGAAAUAUCUGGACUACAGUUAAGCAGCCAAAUCAAAGGAUGUCUUGUGACUUCAUCUUCUGACAAACACGUGAAAAUUUGGGACAUAUUAGGAGACAAACCUAGUUUAGUUCAUUCCAGGGACAUGAAAAUGGGUGUCCUGUUCUGUGCAGCGUGUUGUCCGGAUUUACCAUUUGUCUAUGCUUUUGGGGGAGAGAGACAAGGUCUUCGUAUUUGGGACAUAAGCACCAUUUCUGCAGUGAAUGAUGUUUUUGGGAGCAGACAGAGGCUGAUGGUUGACCGAUCAAGUACAGAAGCAAAGAAUUCUGCACAGCAGCAAUAACUCAAAAACUAAAAUGGAACCAUGAGGCAACUUAACUGUCA